UUUAGGCCGUGCAGCUCCCGCUACAGCCGUCCGUCCGCCUGUCGGCUUGCCCGUCCACCCGCAGCAUGAGCGGCCUUCGCGUCUACAGCACGUCUGUCACCGGCUCCCGCGAAAUCAAGUCCCAGCAGAGCGAGGUGACCCGCAUCCUGGAUGGGAAGCGCAUCCAGUACCAGCUAGUGGACAUCUCCCAGGACAACGCUCUGCAGGAUGAGAUGCGAGCCCUGGCAGGCAACCCCAAGGCCACCCCACCCCAGAUUGUCAACGGGGACCAGUACUGUGGGGACUAUGAGCUCUUCGAGGAGGCUGUGGAACAAAACACACUGCAGGAGUUCCUGAAGCUGGCCUGAGCCCGCUGGACUCCCGUCACCACAUGCCCCCCAGCCACCGCCCGGCCAUGAAGGACCUUAUGACCAACUCCCUGUUAUCCUAAAACCUUCUGACCUUGGAAUCUUUCCCCCCAACCCAAGCCCCUUCUCCUCCCCUCCCUGUUCAAAGGCAACA